CACGACGUCACUCUCAACAGGAAAAUGGAAUUUUAUACGACAGCAAUCAUACUUGCCAGCUGAGCAUGAUUUUAACCGGAGCCGCAUUCAUACACAAAAAAGUGGACGAAUUAAUCAAUUGUGAAGAUCUAGCAAUGAACUUUCUGGUUGCUCACAUAACACGUCAACCGCCGAUAAAAACUACAAGCAAAUGGACGUUACGGUCACAGAGGCACGAAUGCAUUCGAUUUUUUACGGAGGUUUACGGAUACAAUCCUCUCCUUUUCACGCAGCUUCGAGCGGAUUCGGUGCUUUUCAAAACACGUCUUCCUGCAAACCACCAGAAAUGUUUCAAAUACGUUUAGCU